CUGAGAAAAACGUCUAAUUCGGAUGACAGUAGCAAUAAAGACGCAAUUAAAAAACCCAAACAGAAACAAGAGAUGAGACAUUUAAAAGGCAAAGAGAGUAUAUUCAAAAAACCGCAAAGAACAGCUCCUAAAAAUUACAUUACCAGAAUGCCAGACUUUAAGAAAAACCCUCACAAAUGGACUAAAUAUUCUUUAGAGGAUGUACAAGAAAUCACAGAUGAAAGUAACAAAAAAUCUGCUAUGGAUUUUCUUAAACAACUUGCUAAUAGGAGAAAGUUGGAGCAGGGUUUGAUGGAAGACGAAAAAAUGGACGAUUUACCAUCAAAAAUAGUUUUUAAUAAGCAUAUAAAAAAGAAUUCUAAUGACCAAGAAAAAGUAUCAGAGACACAAAGCACAGAAUCAAACAGUGAAAAAUCACAGUUAUCUUUCAAUCACUCAAAAGUAAUUAUGCCAGAGUACAAUAUAGGACAAAAAGUACCCAGAAAGAACAGAAAUUUAAAGAGAAACAAACCAGAGAAAAGUAAUGAAUUGAGGCUGGAUCAUUUAGAUUUUGAGGAUGAGUAGUUCUAUAGAAAAAAUAAAACUAAUUUUAAGGGUAUAUCAAUAUAAAAAUAAUAUAUAUUUAUUGUGUAGGGUUACAAAUCCUUAACGAUAAAAUAAAAUCUUCACCUAAAA